AACCAUCACAAACCCUAGCGCCCCCACGCCGCCCACCCCACUCGCGCCGCCGCCCCCGCGCAAAGCAAAGCAGGAGGAGCAGGAUGCCGGCCGGCCACGGUCUGCGGUCGCGGACGCGCGACCUGUUCGCGCGCCCGUUCCGGAAGAAGGGUUACAUCCCGCUCACCACCUACCUGCGCAUCUACAAGGUUGGGGAGUACGUCGACGUCAAGGUGAACGGCGCCGUGCACAAGGGCAUGCCGCACAAGUUCUACCACGGCCGCACCGGACGAGUCUGGAACGUCACCAAGCGCGCCAUAGGCGUUGAGAUCAACAAACAGGUUGGAAAUCGCAUUAUCAGGAAAAGGAUCCAUGUUCGUGUUGAGCAUGUUCAGCCGUCCAGGUGUGCUGAGGAGUUCCGCCUGAGGAAAGUGAAGAAUGACCAGCUCAAGGCCGAGGCCAAGGCACGCGGUGAGGUCAUCAGCACCAAGAGGCAGCCACUGGGCCCUAAAUCUGGCUUCAUGGUUGAGGGUACUACAAUCGAGACCGUCACUCCCAUUCCCUAUGAUGUGGUCAAUGAUCUCAAGGGCGGUUACUAGGAUGUUGGUCUAUUGUCCUGCACAACCAGUAUCUAUGUUGCUCUUUUGAGUAGGAUUUGUUGGGUCUUUGUUCCUGUCAAGAAGAUUAUGGUGUAGGAUAUCCUGAGUUUUGCAGAAAUGCUAUACUGCUAUUUCCUUAAGAAUGAAGAUGUGCCGAACUGUUUGUGAUAUCGCUCCUGCAAUUUAACUAUAGUUUUAUUGCAUACCA